CUUCAUUCGGUAUUCAACGUGAACCUCUUAGAAUGGUAUGUGGACCCAAAGAUUGUGGACGGUCAUGCAAAUCCACCAUGGCUGCAACCCAAAGUCAUAUUUGGAGAAAACCUGCUGGAUAUCAAAAGGAUAUUGGACAUACGGAAAGUCGGAUGUCGCUUUGAAUACCUGGUGGAACAUGUCAAUAAGCCUUCUUCUGAGACUAGUUGGUAUUUUUUGACAGACAUUCCCAAACCUUAUGAUGAAGUAAUCGAGACCUUUCAUCACCGACAUCCAAAAUUCCCGCAUCCAGCAUUCUUAAACCCGAGCCCAAAGUCUAAGCAGAGGGAACCACCUGACGGACCACAAGACGUACUUGCACCAGUGCCAAGCACUGAGUGGGUGACAGAUCCAGGUUAUUAUAUGCCUCCCACUUGGACUAUGACUCGCUCAGGACAUGUGGUGCACCCACCAAAUCGUGACAAAAUCUUGGAACAGAUUUCCAGAUAG